AUUAUUCUUUUGUUCAUUUUAUUUUAACGUUUACUAUUUAUUCAUUCGCCCUCAAAACACAAGAUGUGACUCGUCCGAGCCCAGCUGUAUUCAUGUGUGUGAACAGAGCCCGGAGGAGCGAGUGCGCACAGACGAGAAGAAGAAGAAGAAGAAGAGCUGCUCGAGCGAAUGGAACUUAUUGUUGUGCGUUUGUUUGGACUAUGAGCCACUUUGGGUCCACUUCGUCUCUGUCCGUCGACCCUUGAACUGUGGGAUUUAUUAUCCGACCACUUUCGAAGGAGGAGGAUUCUGCUGUAGACCCCAGCGCGAAGCUUUUCUCUCUCCUUUUUUUUUUUCUCUCCUCCACAGAGUCGGGAUUUAAAUAGUCAGUUGGUGGAGCCCCGGAGAGGCGAAGAGGGAAAGAAAAGAAAUUCAUGUGGCCGUUCUCUCUAUAGCCAAAAACACGUACAUAUUUUGGAGGGGGGGAUUGAAUAAUGAGCAAGGAAAGACCCAAGAGGAAUAUCAUUCAGAAGAGAUACGAUGACAGUGAUGGGAUCCCGUGGUCGGAAGAAAGGGUGAUGCGAAAGGUGCUUUACCUCUCUCUAAAGGAGUUCAGGACUGCACAGAAACGGCAGCUGGAUGGCGAUGGAACCACAAACCCCAAUGGUUCCCUAGCCAAUGGGCAGCUGAACGGCUCGGGGUCAAAGGGCAUCCACAAAGAAGAYGGGUCCUUGCGCUCUCAGGGCCUGCAUGGGAGCAACAAAUACAGCGAGGACAGCCCUGCAAAAAAGAGGCCUCGGCUCCAGGCUCAAAGGAAGUUCGCCCAGUCGCAGCCCAACUCGCCCAGCACUACGCCCAUCAAAGUGGCCGACCCGAGCAGCCUGCCCGCCGGCCUGGCCGCGGCGCCAUCCUCCACCCUCUCAUCGCUCUCCUCCUCCUCGUCCCUGACGUCCUUCAUUCAGGACCUGUCCAGGCGCAAGCCCAAGACAGAAGACUUCCUCACCUUCCUCUGCCUCAGAGGUUCAUCUGCCUUGCCUAGUAAUAUGGCUUACUUUGGAAGCUCCCAGGAGGAGGAGGACCUGGAGGACGAGGAGGAAGAGGAGGAGGAGGAAGAGGUGCGAAACGGUGGCAGUGUCCACUCGCAUGGUGUGGGAGGCAGUAGCCAAGCCUCGACGUCCUCCUCCUGCAACUCUACGCCCCGCAAGGGCAAGCUCCCCGCCAGGCAGCCACUCAACGGGCACGUUUUUAACAGCAGCAAAGCAGGGACCAGGGAGAGUCCGAGGCCGAAAGCAGGGACUCACAGCAGGGACGCACCCGCCCCGCCACUGCCACCCCCUCCGCCGCCGCCUCCGCCUCUGCUGAGGGAGCGCAGCGAACGGGCAGAGGCGCGAGAGCUCGCCAGGGAGCAGCAGGCCAUGGCCAGCAGUCGAGGCUCAGCAUACGGGGUGACGUCACGGAGAGCGGCCGAGGAGCUACGGAAGAAGGCCUCAAAAGUGAACGGGCUGACGCGGGCUGGCUCGGCACAAGCUGUCGGUGGUGCCAAAAAGAGCCACGACUUACGACUGCCGUCCAAAACUGUGAAGAAGUACACAGCCACCGUGUCCAAGGGCCACGUCACCUACACCAAAGCCAAACAGAAAGAACUGGGCAAGAAAACCAAACUCAGCAGCAGCCACAAACACAACAGCGCCGCUUCGGCAUCAUUGUCAGCGAACAAUCACAAUCAGCACAGCCAGCCAGCAGCCAGCACUAGGCUGGCCAACUCAGGAAAAGCAGCGGCACCAGCCCACCACAGCAAUGCAAAAACCCGCAAACAGGUGCUACUAUCAAACGGGCUGCACAACGCCGCUGCCGCCGCCGCCCGACCCAACGGCAGGCUCAACGGGCAGUGGCACAACUCCCCGGCCAAGGAGGACGGCCAGAAACMGUGCCAGCAAGCCCACGCGGAGUGCCCGGGUCGAGAGGGACUGCGGAACUCCAAACGGCGUCUGGAGGUGGUGCUUAACUCAGUGAGCGCCGCCGUUGUUGAGCAGAAAGCCAAAACGAGCGGCGCCGAGGCCAAGAAGGCCAAAAUCCAAUCCACACCUUUGGAGACGCGCAGCAGCAGCAAGAAGAUGGCCAACGAAGAGAAAGCUAACAAACAAAACACCACUCCGGUUUCUAAUGGACACGUAUCAGAAACGCCCACCUCCCCUAAACAAACUCAGCCUGUUACUUCUUCCUCUACUCCUCCUCCUCAACAAGCCACACCUCCUUCUACACCAGCAGCCAAUGUGGAGCCAGUGAACCAGCGGCCUAAGCGUGCAUCGGCUGGUAAGCUGAUGCUGAUACGACAAGCACAGCAGCAGCAGAACAGGUCACACGGUCGGAGCUCCUCCUCUUCCUCACCUUCAUUAGGCCACAAUAGUUCACCAAACCCUAGUCGUGCCAGCACUACCUCAGACCCCCAACAGACUUCUGUGUCCUCCUCUUCCUCCUCCUCCUGCUCUACAACCUGUAUUCUUACUUCCACUGACAGCCCCGGGCAGGUGAAACCAGCAGCGCUGCGGCUCGCUGACCGCGAUAAGGAGUGGGAGCGKGAGAAAGAGCUGACGCGCCAGAAGGAACGCGAGCAGGAGAAGGAGUGGGAUCGCCAGCGGAGUAAGCCGGAGGGCUGGGCGGCGCUGGGCGAAGCUCCCGUCUUCCGGCCGACUUCCAGAGAGUUCCAGGACCCUCUGGUGUACCUGGAUGCAGUGAGGGAACAGGCCGAGGCGGCUGGCAUGUGUCGCGUGGUGCCGCCGCAGGACUGGCGGCCCGAGUGCAAACUGAACGAGGAGAUGCGUUUUGUUACGCAAGUACAGAGGGUCCACAUGCUGGGCCGACGCUGGGGCCCCAAUGUGCAGCGGCUGGCUUGCAUCCGCAAGCACCUUAAAUCUCAGGGCAUUACCAUGGAUGAGCCGCCUGUCAUUGGUGGUUGUGAAGUGGACCUGUCACGUUUUUUCCAGCUCAUCAACGACAUGGGUGGCAUGCAGCAGGUGAUGGACCUGAAGAAGUGGACCAAGCUCGCCGACCUCCUGCGCAUCCCCAAGUCUGCGCAGGACCGGCUGGCCAAGCUGCAGGAGGCUUACCUCCAGUACAUCCUCUCCUACGACUCGCUCGGCGCCGAGGAGCGCCUUCGGCUGCUGGGCGACGUGCUGCAGGAGAAGAAGAGCCUGGAGUCGCGCCAGGGCCCCCUGGAAGGUCUGUCGGAUUCUUCCGCUCCCAGCGGGCUGUCGCUGCCACGCUACGAGCCCAAGAACGGGCUGGUGGGCGGGAUCGUAGGAAGCACGACGGGGAACCACCGCACCAACGGAGUCUAUCACCGUCUGAAGGAGCUGGAGGCUCAGGUCAAAGCGGGCCGGCGCCGGCUCUUCGCUCAGGAAAAACAAGGCAAGGAAGACGAGCAGCAUGGACAGGAGGAGGCGAAGGAGGACAGAGGCGUUCUCAGUGACCAGUACAAAUGUAUUUACAAGGGGAAAUCUGUGUCUUUGACCAACUUCUUCAGGAUAGCCCGCAACACCAUGACCAUGUGCUUUAACAAGGAACCAGGAGCUGCUGAGGUCGAGCAAGAGUACUGGAGGAUUGUGGAGCACAGAGACUCACACGUGGCAGUUCAUUGUGGAAAAGUGGACAGCAGUACACAUGGCAGUGGCUUCCCCACUGGAAAAUCAGAGCCAUUUUCAAAACAUGGAUGGAACCUUACGGUCCUCCCAAACAACGCUGGAUCCAUACUGAGACAUCUGGGUGCUGUGCCUGGGGUGACCAUUCCCUGGCUAAAUAUCGGCAUGGUUUUUUCUACCUCAUGCUGGUCUCGAGACCAAAAUCGCCUUCCAUAUAUUGAUUACUUACACACUGGUGCUGAUUGCAUUUGGUAUUCUGUCCCUGCUGAGGAGAAGGCUAAGCUUGACAAGGUGGUCCAUACACUGCUUCAAGCCAAUGGCACCCCAGGACUAGAAAUGCUGGAGAAGAACAUAAUGAUCUCUCCAGAGGUGCUUUGCCGUGAAGGCAUCAAGGUUUACCGUACGGUGCAGCGGAGUGGCCAGUUUGUGGUCUGCUUCCCCGGUGCCUUCGUCUCUAAGUUGUGUUGUGGCUACAGUGUGUCGGAGACGGUGCACUUCGCCACGCCACAUUGGAUGAACCUGGGUUACGAGGCAGCGAAGGAUCUGAAAUGUCGUUGUAUAGCCAAACCCUUCUCCAUGGAGAAGCUACUGUAUCAGAUUGCCACAGCGGAGUCUAAGAGAGACAACGGCCUUCUCCUCACCACCAUCUCCACCCUACUUAAAGACCUCAGGAACAUAGAGUUGCACCAACGUCAGGAACUUUAUAAGGCAGGUUUGCUCUCCUCUGCCCGUUACGGCACGCACGACGGCAGCCUGGGGCCCGGGGAGGGCCGCAAGAAGUCCCGCGGGAAAUGGCUGGCGCUGGAGUCGUUGGAGAGACGCUGCCAAAUCUGUCAACACCUCUGCUACCUGUCCAUGGUGGUUCAGGAGACAGAUAAUGUGGUUUUCUGUCUGGAGUGUGCCCUGCGUUAUGUGGAGAAGCACAAGUCCUGCAGGGGCCUCAAGAUGAUGUAUCGAUACGAUGAGGAGCAACUCAACAGUUUGGUGAACCAGGUGUGUGGGCGGGCCAUGCUGAAGAACGGAGGAGUCUUCAGUGCAGGGGGUGGGGGAGUGGGGGACUCCUGCCACAGCCUGAGCCCCGCCAAGACGUCACCGGCCAAGCGGGGGCCGCGGAAACGUGCCACCGUGGAGGUGUCCCUGGCUCGCCUGCCCAUCCACAUGCCCAAGGCUGCAGCCGUGUCCUGAGAGAAGGAGGGGGGGCGGGGACGCCUCCACUGGACCACCCUGUGUGCUGUGCUCUCCUCCACCCCCCCGCCUCUCCCUUACUGAUAUAUAUUUUUUAUUUUUUGUUCGGUUUGUUUUUUAUUCCACGUUAAACGGGAAUCACUAUCAAUGCCUCCAAAACCACCACUUCUAACUGCAGUUUGUUUGAACCCCCACUCAAGUUUAGUCUCCCUUUCCAGACACACUCACUCCUCCUUUAGUGACAGCUUGUUUUAUCAAAAAAAAAAAAAGAAAA